GAUGCUGAAGGUGUUGAAAUAGCAGCCACGACAAGAGACUUGGCUCAGUGUUAAAUAUCUGCCGUGCUGCCUGAAAGACUGUGCGAUGACAAUAGAGAGAAUGGAGAACGUGGAGGUCUUCACUUCUGAGGGCAAAGGCAGGGGUCUGAAGGCCGCUAAGGAGUUCUGGGCUGCGGACGUCAUCUUUGCUGAGCGGGCUUAUUCUGCAGUGGUUUUUGACAGCCUUGUUAACUUUGUGUGCCACACCUGCUUCAAGAGGCAGGAGAAGCUCCACCGCUGCGGGCAGUGCAAGUUUGCCCAUUAUUGUGACCGCACUUGCCAGAAGGAUGCUUGGCUGAACCACAAGAACGAGUGUUCAGCCAUCAAGAGAUACGGGAAGGUGCCCAACGAGAACAUCAGGCUGGCGGCACGCAUCAUGUGGCGGGUGGAGAGAGAGGGCACCGGGCUCACCGAGGGCUGCCUGGUCUCCGUGGACGAGCUGCAGAACCACGUGGAGCACUUUGGGGAGGAGGAGCAGAAGGAGCUGCGGGUGGACGUGGACGCUUUCUUGCAGUACUGGCCGCCUCAGAGCCAGCAGUUCAGCAUCCAGUACAUCUCGCACAUCUUUGGCGUGAUUAACUGCAAUGGUUUCACACUCAGUGACCAGAGAGGCCUGCAGGCAGUGGGUGUGGGCGUCUUCCCCAACCUGGGCUUGGUGAACCAUGACUGUUGGCCCAACUGCACCGUCAUAUUUAACAAUGGCAAUCAUGAGGCAGUGAAAUCCAUGUUUCACACCCAGAUGAGAAUUGAGCUCCGGGCCCUGGGCAAGAUCUCAGAAGGAGAGGAGCUGACGGUGUCCUAUAUCGACUUCCUUAAUGUCAGCGAAGAACGCAAGAGGCAGCUGAAGAGGCAGUACUACUUUGACUGCACGUGUGAGCACUGCCAGAAAGGGCUGAAGGAUGACCUCUUCCUGGGGGUGAAAGACGACCCCAAGCCCUCUCAGGAUGUGGUGAAGGAGUUAGUACAAUUCUCGAAGGAUACACUGGAGAAAAUCGACAAGGCUCGAUCUGAGGGUUUGUACCAUGAGGUUGUGAAAUUAUGCCGGGAGUGCCUGCAAAAGCAGGAGCCAGUGUUUGCCGACACCAACCUCUACAUGCUGCGGAUACUGAGCAUUGUUUCAGAGGUCCUCUCCUACCUUCAGGCCUUUGAGGAGGCCUCGUACUACGCCAGGAAGAUGGUGGAUGGCUAUAUGAAGCUCUACCACCCCAACAAUGCCCAACUGGGCAUGGCUGUGAUGCGUGCAGGCUUGACCAACUGGCAUGCUGGCAACAUUGAGGUGGGGCACGGGAUGAUCUGCAAAGCCUAUGCCAUUCUCCUGGUGACACAUGGCCCCUCCCACCCAAUCACCAAGGAUUUGGAGGCCAUGCGGGUGCAGACGGAAAUGGAGCUGCGCAUGUUCCGCCAGAACGAGUUCAUGUACCACAAGAUGCGCGAGGCUGCCCUGAACAGCCAGCCCAUGCAGGUCAUGGCCGAGCCCAGCAAUGAGCCGGCCCCAGCUCUGUUCCAUAAGAAGCAAUGAGGACCUACCUGGUGGGGAAGGGGCACCAUGGCUGGGGUAUGGGGAGACAUUCUGGGGGUGGUGGGCUUCUGGGGAGACCCUUGUUGAGGAAGUCAGAGUAACGCUCAAUCUUGUUGCUGUGGGAAUGUACUGCUGUGUGUGCCCAGUGUCAUUUUGAUUCAUUUUAAUUCAGUUCAAUUCAAUUUAACUCUAUCCCCGCCUAGCCCAGCCCAACUCAACCUACAAAUAUUUAUUGGGUGCUAGACCCUAGGGUUAAAGAAGCUCCAAAUGUAGCUGGGAGGCAAAAUGUAAACAAUUAAAGCACACUGUAAUAAUAAAUGUAAUGGUAAACUAUACAGAGAGAGGGGAGGCAAUGGAGGGCGUGUGUCUGGUGUGUGUGUGUGUGUGUGUGUGUGCACGCAGUGGAGGGUGUCAUGGAGGAGAUGGCAUCUGAGCUGAGAGUGACAGGUACCUGGAGUCUCAGGUGGCUGUACACCCAUCUGUGCAGGCAGGUGUCUCUGGGGCUGCUGGACUCACCCAUGGUCUAGAAUAUGCAGGAUUUGGCUGACAAGGAUGAGUGAUGUCCACUUUCCUCAAGUUAGUGUGGAGUUACGAAGAAGGGGCUGUGUUUGGGCCAUUUAGGUUCUACUCAGAGAAAUGAAACCUCUUCAGAAUGGUGAACAUGCAGAAAGAGGUG